AUGGGUGUUCCUUCAAAGUUUGCAUUUGAUGAAGAAGGUGAUGAAGAUAUGGACUUUCCGGAGAUGGCGGGGAACCCCGGAAUAGGAAUUAGUUUGGGAUCUUCUAACAAAUCCAUUAAAGGAUCUAUGGAUUUGUAUUUUAAUACAAAGGAGCACCAAAGUUUGAAAAGGUCAAAAGGCGGUGAGAGUGUAACAUUGGAGGCAUGCAAGAAGGAGUUGAGGGAGAGAGCUAUGGUGCAAUUUUCACGGUGGAUGUAUGAGGCUAGACUACCAUUUAAUUGUGUUAAAUACACUAAAAGCUUGCAAGGCUUUCUUGAGUGUGUUGCACAACAUGGGCCGGGAAUGAAGCCACCUUCCUAUCAUGAAGUUAGAGUGCCUUAUCUUAAGAAGGGGGUUGAGCAUGUUAAGGAGUUGUUCAAGCCACAUGAGGAGACGUGCAAUAAAUAUGGUUGUUCUUUGAUGAUGGACAAGUGGACAGAUAGGAGAGAACGUGCAUUUAUUAAUGUCCUAGUUAAUUGUUCACUUGGAUCGUAUUUCCUCGAGUCGGUAGAUGUUAGCAGGGACACGGUGGAUGCUAACAAAAUGCUAGAGUUGUUUGAAACUUUUGUCAAUCAAGUGGGGAAGGAUAAUGUUGUGCAAGUCAUAUCUGACAAUGCUUCAGAGAAUGUGAGAGCUGGGAAGGAUUUAAUGGAGGAGUUCCCGAGUUUGUAUUGGACGCCAUGCGCUGCUCAUUGCAUCAAUUUGAUGUUCAAAGACAUCUUUCAGAUUCGUCAUUUUUCAAUGGCGUACAAGCGUGCUUUGAAACUGUCGGUAUACAUCCAUUCGAAGACAAAGCUGUUGAAUUGGUUGAGAAAGUAUACCGGAAAGCGUGAUUUGGACAAGUUUGCUAAGACCCGAUUUGCUACAGCAUUCUUAACCUUCAAGAGGCUUCACGAGCAGAAGAAUCAAAGGCUUCAUGAGCAGAAGAACAAUUUGAGAAAAUUGUUCAACUCAGAAGAAUUUCUCACAAGCUCUUACUUCAAAGAAGAGGCCGGAAAAGAGUGUUCUAGAAUUGUACAAAUGCCAAACCUUUGGAAUACAAUUUUAGAAGCAUUUAAAAUAGGCGGUCCAUUGAUUAGCACACUUCGGUUAGUUGAUGGGGAUGUUAAGCCAUCAAUGGGCUAUAUUUAUCCUGCUAUGGAGAUCACAAAGCAAGCAAUUGAAAAGGCUUUCAACAACAACUCUAGCAAGUACAAGAAGGUAUUUGAAAUCAUAGACAGAAGGUGGAGUUCCCAGCUUCAUCAACCAUUGCAUGCAGCUGCCUACUACUUGAAUCCUGAUUACUUCCGGUAUAGGAGUGAGACACCGAUUGCUCCAUCAGUUCACUCGGGAGAAGUUGUUAAUGGCUUUUAUGAGUGUUUAGAUAGGUUGGUUCCAGAUCGUGAUCUGCAUGAGAAAAUUUCCGAGGAAAUGACUACGUGGGAAGUUGGGACUAGCUUAUUUGGCUUGGCAGUUGCUAAGAAGCAACGCGGUUCUAAAGCUCCAGUUGAUUGGUGGACUUCUUUUAGAGCCUCAACUCCCCAUUUGAAAGAAUUUGCGAUUAAGAUUCUUAGUCUCACGACUAGUGCAUCGGGAUGUGAACGGAACUGGAGUGUGUUUGAGCAUUUGCAUUCGAAAAGGAGGAGUCGCCUUGAACACAUGCGCCUUAAUGACUUGGUAUUCAUUAAGUAUAAUAGGGCAUUGAGGCGGCGAUGGGAAAUGCGGGAUACCAUUGAUCCAAUUAGUUUGGAUCAAAUUGAUUUUGCUAAUGAAUGGUUGACAGGUGUCCCGGAGGAUGCUAAUGAUGAGUUGGCUUUUGAAGAUGGGGAUGGAUUGACUUGGGGAAAAGAGAAGGUUGGGAGUUCAUCAAGGUCUAAGGGAAAGGAAAAGGUUUCCGAGUAUAGAUUUGUGGAUGAAGAAGAUGAAGAAGAUGAAGAAGGAUUUGAGGAUGAUGGAGUUAUCAAAUUUGACAUUUUGGAUUUGUGUGUUGAAGAAGAUGAGUUUGAUAUGGAGGAUUGA